CAGAAAGCUAAUUGGUACACACAGCGGCCAUUUCCACUGGUAAAAAAAGAUCUGUAUUUAGUUCAAUAUGGUUAACGUUUAUUAAUACCCACACGCUCUCAACCAUAGCGAUGAGGCACUUGCCGUAUAUAUGCUUCGCCAAACCGCCACUUUUAAAGACGCCGGUCUCGUUCGCUCUCGCGACCCAGCGAAGCUAGCUGAAGCUGAUGUAGUUGUUGACGUCGGUGGUGUAUACGACAGCGAUGCUCAUAGGUAUGAUCACCAUCAAAGAGGCUUCUUUGAAACCUUUGACGACAAGCACAAGACAAAACUCAGCUCGGCUGGACUCGUCUACAAACAUUUUGGUCGCGAUGUUAUUGCUUCUCUUCUUGAUGUUGACGAGCAGGAUCCCAAAAUCGAUGUUUUAUUCCCCAAGAUCUACGAUGACUUCAUCGAAGCUUUGGACGGAAAUGACAACGGAAUCGCACAAUAUCCCACCGACAUCACACCAGCCUACAGAGAAUCAACAAGCUUGCCAUCUCGAGUUGGAGCUUUCAAUCCCUGGUGGAAUCAGAGCGUAACCGAAGCUGAUAUUGAUGCCCGAUUUGAACAAGCUUCACAAUUGGCUGGAUCAGAACUACGUGAUAAACUGUUGUACACCGCAAAUGCUUGGCUUCCUGCUCGCGAGUUGGUCAAAUCGGCUUUCCAAAAGCGAUCCGAAGUUCACCCCUCCGGUCGCGUCAUUGCCCUAGAACGCUCUUGCCCAUGGAAGGAGCAUUUGCUUGACUUGGAGCGUGAAAUUGGCCUCAAUGGUGAAACCAACAUUCUCUAUGUUUUGUAUCCUGAUGAAUCCAACAACUGGAGAAUCCAAUGUGUUCCUGUCAAGCCUGAAGGUUUCGAGAACAGAAAGUCCUUGCCCGAGGUAUGGCGUGGUCACCGCGAUGCGGAUUUGAGUGAGAUCAGCCGUAUUCCUGACUGUAUCUUUGUUCAUGCUGGUGGAUUUAUCGGAGGAAACAAGACCCGACAUGGUGCUACAGAAAUGGCCCGCCUCGCUUUAGAGAUGUAAAAAGCUUAUUUUUCAAUACAAAGUUUCUACGCAUUCAAUCAUUUCAUAAUAAUGGGACAAUAAAUUCAAAUGAGAAAAUAGAAGGGCGACCGAGGGUAUUGCUGAAAAUUUGCGAUAAUUCGGCGGCAUCAGGCCCCACGUUCCAU